AUGGAUACUUUUGGCCAAAGAUGGGAGCGGAUUGUGUUGCAUAUGCUCGGGGUUGCCAAACUUGUCAAAUGCACAGACCAAUUAGUCGAGCGCCAGCUGAGGAGUUGCAUCCCAUUAUUAAGCUAUGACCUUUUAGAGACCAACGGGCAGGCUGAGGCUACUUAUAAGAGCUUGGGGAUGAUCAUCAAAAAAUUGCUGGAAGAUAGCCCUCGGAAAUGGCACAAAAAUGCCGUGUUGCUAGUAGAGAUCACGGUUCCUUCCUUGCGGGUCGCUCAACGACAUGGUUUGAGCAUCGAAGAUUAUCAUUGGGCACUGUACGGUGAGCUGGAUCAAGCAGAAGAGGAGCGAUGGACUGCUUUUGAAAUUAUUCGGGCACAUAAAGCCAAGGUGGCACAGUGGUAUAAUAAGAAAGUUAAGGACUGGUCAUUUGCAAUUGGUGACUUGGUUUGGAAAUGUGUUUUGCCAAUUGGGACAAAGGAUCAUCAAAAAGGAAAAUGGUUGCUGAGUUGGGAGCGUCCUUACGUGAUUAGUGAUAUGCUACCGAAUGGAGCAUAUCGGAUAAUGCAUCCGGAUGGGUUGGAAUUAAAAGGGGUUGUGAACGCAGGGUUUUUGAAACUAUAUCACAUGUCUUUUGGGCUUUUAGUUGAUCGUGUUAGAGUUGACUCAGAAAUUGUGCUUGGUAGUUAA